CUCUGGACCCGUGUUCUGCCUACAUCUCUCUGAAUGAGCCUUGGUGUAAUACAGAGUACCAUCUGAAACACUCCUCUAUAAACCUGUGCCCCCUGUGUGACAGCCGUGUGUCAGGGGAGUGGUACCGCUUCACAGGGAUGGCUAUGGAGACAGCCAUGCCUACUUUCUGCAUCGAAGAGAACCACUGUGGAACCCACGCCCCCAUCUGGCUCAACGGGAGCCACCCACAGGUUAGUAGACUAGAGGUAGAGAGGCGGACCAGCAGCCAGACGGUUGCUGCCCCGGAUGGAGGAUACUACGUCAACCGUCUGCCCAGACCUUCUGUCUGCUUCCAUGUCUACUGCGGACAUUUCUAUGACAUAUGUGAUGAGGUGGAGUGCAGUGGAACCCAGUGUCCAGAGUCGGACUGCCGCUGUGCUACUGGAACGACCCUGGGACCAGAUAGACAGACAUGUCUCGGGAACGUAGGUUGUAAGGAGGUAUGUGUGAACACCAAGGGGUCCAGACAGUGUGAGUGUGGACAAGGCAGGGUAUGGAGGAGGAUGGACGAAACUGCCCAAAGUGCUACAACAACAACGGAGGCUGUAGCCAUGGCUGCUCUUACUACAGACUCCUAUCACUGUCACUUCCCCGAGGACUGGAGCUGGGGACACAAACGCACAUGCCAGGUCCCGGUGCAGUGUAGCAGCAGCUCCAUUAAGGUGUCGGUUCUAAGGGACCUGGUGGGGGGCCUGGAACUCUCCCUGUCCAACUCGUCAUGUCGCGGCGUCUCCAACGGAACACACAUCAAUCUCAGCUUCAGCCUCAAGACCUGUGGAACAAUAGUGGAGGUGACAGAUGACAAGAUAGUGGGUACCAAUUUAGUGACAGGUCUUCCUAAAUCCAGCCCAGGACCAUGGUCCGGUAGUAACCGGGAUAUGAUUGUCAGGACCUCCAAACUGCUGUUACCUGUCACCUGUGAAUUCCCACGACACUACGAGGUCUCCGACGGUUACCAGGCCAGUCUCCGUAGCUCCGCCCUAGAGCUAGCAGGCCACUCCCAGGGCCUGUUCCCCUUCUCUCUGGAGCUGUUUAAGAGUGCUGAAUUCUCUGAGCCUUACCGAGCUCCACCCCAACUACGCCUACACGAUUCACUGUUUUUCGGGGUGGAACCCAGGGAGAAGGUGGAGGGUUUGUCAGCUCUGGUGGAGAGCUGCUUUGCUACCCCCAGCGCCAAGGCAGACCAGGCUCUCAAAUACUACCUCAUCAAAGAUGGGUGUAUCUCAGAUGAAAUGGUGCGUCAGUUACUCUGCUAAGACCAGCUAUCCCAAACCUCUCCAGUUCCUGUCUUCAAGUUUGUUGGCAAGGACAACAAGGAGGUGUUCCUGCACUGUCGUGUGUGUUGUGGGGUAGGAGACUCCCGCUGUUCUCAGGGCUAGAGGCGUCUGCGUCGGGAACUGUGGAGGACUGAGAGGAACAAGGAACAGGGACUGGACCAGCAUCACGUUGCUGGUGGAGGACCCAUACGCAUCAUGCCAGACUGA